GUCUGGACUAUUGAAUUUUUGGACGUCAUCACAAUCACCAGGCUGUCGUCGGAAGAACAUUACCGGAACGAAGCGAGACCGAUUUUUGGAGUAUGACAGCUUUCCCGUAUUGAACGACAGAAUUGCUGUGAUCACUUUACCGAUGCGCGGUGAACAACAAGGCCAAUCAGAUCGGACCCCACAUUACCAAUCAUUUCCUAACUCCGCUGCACGUCACUCGCACCGCGUCGUCGGCAACUCGCCGCACAAGCGACCGAGAACCACUAGCUCCUGCUCCUGCUGCACGUAGCGGGCAGGCGAAGGGCGUCAAUGCGGGCCGCCGUAGGCUAAGGUAUCAUAGCCUGCGAAAUGAAGGCUACCACAUCCAAGCUCCGCGACUACUUCUCCUCAGCAUGGCGGAGCGACCCGGCGGAGCGCAAGCUUGUGCGCAAGAUUGAUUUUUUCAUCUUGACAUUCUGCUGUUUAAGCUACUUUCUUAACUAUCUUGACCGUACAAACCUCGCCAAUGCCUACGUCUCGGGCAUGAAGGAGGACCUGAACUUUAAGGGAAACCAGUUAAACCAGAUCAAUACGUGUUUCACUGUUGGCUACGUCCUCGGCCAGAUCCCCUCCAACCUCAGCCUGCACUAUGUGAAGCCACGUUACUUCUUCCCGGCCAUGAUGACCGUCUGGGCGGGGCUAACCAUGGUUACUGCCUCGACUCACACGCCCGGGGCCGUAAUGGCCAUCCGCUUCUUCCAGGGCAUCGCCGAGGCGAGCACCUUCGUCGGGACACACUACGUCCUGGGGUCCUGGUACACGGAGCGCGAGCUGGGAAAGCGCAGCGGCAUAUUCACCGCCUCGGGCCUGGCCGGCACCAUGAUCGGCGGGUUCAUCCAGAGCGGCAUAUACACGAGCAUGGAUAACCGCCACGGCCUCCGCGGUUGGCGCUGGUUGUUCCUCAUCGACGGCAUCAUCACCUUACCCGUGGCCCUGUACGGCUUCCUCCUCUUCCCGGACACCCCGGCCACCACGGCCGCACCUUACCUCACCCCAGCCGAGCGUGAGCUCGCCGUAUCCCGACUUAGACAGCACGGGCACUUGCUCGACCCCGACCACGAGCCUGACCGCGAGCCCGGCGACGACGAACACGGCGACGACUCGCGCCCCCAAUCACCAGCACAGCACCGAGAACCAGAGCAGCAGGACCGACAACAAGAGACGACGACGGCCACCACCACCUCCCCGUUGUCGUGGGCUUUCGCCAAGCGCGUCCUCGCCUCUCACGAGUGGUGGGGCUUCGUCGUGCUGUGGAUUCUGGCCGGCGAGACCGAGUCCUUCUCCUCCAACACGCUGCUCGCGCUCUACAUGAAGAGCUCCCCAUUUAGUUCGUACACGGUCAGCCAGCUCAACAACUACCCGACGGGCGUCCCGGCCGUCGGUAUCGUCUCGACCCUCUUCUGGGCAGCCCUGACGGAUUUCCUCGGCGGGAAGAGAUACAUGGUCGGCUACUUCAUCGGCGUCACCGGCGUGGCCACGAGCGCCAUGAUCCUGGGCGCCAAGGGCAUGACGGAGCGCGACCCGCGGCGGGGGGGCGGCGGCGGCCGGGCGGAGGCAGUCGUGUUUGCCGCCUACUACUGGGCCGGCACCGUCUAUGCCUGCCAGGCGACCUUCUUCGCCUGGGCCAACGAUGCCACCAGGCACAGGGAGCCCGUCUUCCGCUCCGUCGUGCUGGCGGGUAUGAACGUCGGGAGCAACGCGGUGAACGCGUGGUGGAGCAUCGUGUUUUACGGCGCCAGCAUGGCGCCCUGGUUCGAGAGGGGAAUGUACGCCAUGAUCGCCACGUCGUUGGCUCUUCCGGUUUGGACCGCCGGCUUGUCGUUUGUCAUUUGGAGAGCCGCGAGAAAGCGGCGACUGCGAGCUGUGACGAGUCAUACGCACGAGGAGUCAGGAAAGGCGCCAAAGUCUGGGUAAUUAGAGAAAUAGUUACAUGACGUGACAUACGAGCCCUCUAAUUACCCGUGUUGCCAUAGAUAUUACCAUCUUGGGAAGUCAACAUUGGCAUGUUAGC